AACUGGCACUCAGCCUCAGAGCAUCGACAAGGCACUGGCACACAGGCACUAUGGCAAACGAAGUACAAGUUCUGCCGUCCCCGCUGAAAGGGCGGUAUGCCCCAGCAGUGAAAGCUGGAGGGAUGCGAAUCUCCAAAAAACAAGAGAUGGGCGUUUUGGAAAGACACGCAAAAAAGACAGGCUUGGAGAAAACAAGUGCCAUCACAAAUGUCGCCAAGAUACAGAUGUUGGACGCUCUGACGGACACACUGGACAAGCUCAACCAUAAAUUUCCAGUGACAGUUCACACGGCGCAUCAAAAGCCCACACCCGCACUGGAGAAGGCUGCUCCACUGAAGAGGGCCUACAUUAUUCAGCAACCUCGAAAAUGUUAGACCAGGACAGAAAACACAGCCACCUGGUCAACUCUCCCACAAUCUGACAGCUCAGAAAAAAAAAAAAAAAAAAAAAAAAAGGUCAACACUUCCUGUAGGCCUGUUGCCCUUGCUUGGUAAAUAAACCAACUUUUGUAUCUUCCCUUUUCCCUUUAGAUAAUAAAGUUUCCAAAAUUAUGAAUCCAA